UUUCUACUUUGUUGGUUCAACACUGAGGGACUUCGGCUGUAUCGCUCUUCGUAUAGAUACUUGACCUCUAAGAUUCACCUUGAUUCCUUGAUUCUUUCACCUCGCACGUCGUCUUCCUCUCGACUCGGAUGCUGAUCGAGUGCUUUGAAAUGUGUAGGUUUUUGUAUGUUGUGAUGAUGUACAUUGCUAUUUAUCCCGUCGCUCUAAGUAUCCGUUCAACAAACGUAUACGAAGAACGAUCCCUCGGUGUAUUCGAAGCGCAACCUGAGGAGGUCGAAGAAGAACCUACUGAUUUCGGAAACCUUGGACCGCGUCAGCGAGUUGGACGGUAUAUUGGAUGGCAUCUGCGUCGGCAGCUUAGUAUUGAUAUAUGGUGGUUGGUCUGGGGUGUAUUUCUCAUCGCUAUCAUAGAGAGAGAUAACCUAUUGAACGACGAUCUCAAAUGGUUUGAUCUGUUCCGUGUUUUGUUUGAACUGGUAUCUGCUUUUGGGGGGAUCGGCCUUAGCUUGGGUAUCCCCACGGAAAACUACUCCUUUGUCGGUGCGAUGCGACCGCUUUCAAAACUGGUAGUGAUUGUGAUAAUGGUGCGAGGGCGCCAUAGAGGUCUGCCAGUUGCGGUAGAUCGUGCGGUCAUGCUCCCGGAGGAGUUGAUGAAGAAGAACAAAGAUGUUGACACUAAUGCGGAUGUUCCUCGUGCCCCUAUGUCACCGCUGUCGACGAGCAAUGGUAACGGUCAUCUAGAUCCUUUAGCAGAGGAGGUUUAACGACUCAAGUACUUAUGCAAUUCUCAUAACAUGUAGAUCGAUGAAAGACGGAUUUUGACGUACUGAGAUCACAACUGUCUCUUCACCGCCUGUGCCGUACCGGGACCGUAGCGAUUUAUCUCAGACUAUGCUUGGUGCCUGUGCUCCAGAAUCUGGUGUAGCGUUGUUUGCUGUUCUUAAGUUUCGACCUCUUUGUCGAGGGUCAGUGAGAGGAAACCUGAUUUUGCAGUCCAACUGUGUUGUCACUGCUCUGUGUCCCUAAAAUCACACAGUUAAAAGUCGGAAACAGAAAGCACUAGGUGUGAACUAUCGAUGACUAACAGUGAUUCUGUCACUGCAGUGAAGCUGAACC